AUGACUACUAAAGAACCCAUAAUAAGAGAUAAUGUUAGCGACUUCGAUGAUGAUGAGCAACAACAUGAUUUUGAUGAACAUGAGAGUGAGAGUUUGGUUUUAUAUCCGUUAGCAUUGGAGGAGGGACUUGAGAAACUGAAGGAGGCUCUCCAAAUCUUGAAUUCUCCUUCUCCUUCUUCCCCAACUGGAUUCCUUAGGUUUCAGGUGGCGCUCCCUCCCUGUCCUAAGACCUUCACUUUGUUUUGCUCCCAACCCCACUCCUCCUCGGUCUUUCCUCUCAUUUAUGUUUCCAAGAACGACGCCGACUCUAAAUCACUCUAUGUCAAUUUGGAUGAUAAUAUUGAGUUAGAUGAGCUGGAAAGUGUUUCCAUUCUGUCAAUGACCCUUGCAUGGGAUGAAUUUUCCUUCUCUACUUUUCAAGAAGCCCAUUAUUCGCUUCAAGAUUCUCUAGACCAGCUGUAGAUCCUCAGUACAAGGAUUUAAGGCAUUUUCAGUGGCAUUGGGAAAAGGGGGAGCCUGUCAUUGUCAGCAAUGUGCUUGAAUGUACAUCUGGUUUAAGCUGGGAACCGCUUGUCAUGUGGCGUGCAUUACGUCAUGUAACUAAUACCAAGCAUGGCCAACAUUUGGCGGAGAAAACAAUUGAUUGCUUAGAUUGGACUGAGGUAUUGGUUAAAUGCAGGGGGAAAUUAAUAUCCACCAACUUUUUACUGGCUAUACAAAUGGUCGUAGGGAUGGCUUGCUUGGCCACAGAUAUUGAAAUUAAAAGAUUGGCCUCCUUCUAAUUUAUUUGAGGAACAAUUGCCUCGUCAUUGUGCUGAGUUCAUAUCUUCCUUACCCUUCAAGGAAUAUACUGAUCCUCACAAAGGUUCUCUUAACCUUGCUGUGAAGUUGC